UACACCUUUAUAUAAGAUUGAUACAUUACGUAUAAUAUUUACGUAUAUUUGGAUAAUUUAAACAUUCACCCGUUAUAGAGGGAUAUGAGAAAAAGAUGAUUCUAGCAACUACACCACAAAGGCCAACUCCUCUAGUUUCCAUCAACACCAACACUAGUGAGCAUCGACGCCAUAUCCUCCAAAUCUUAACUCAAUGCACUUCCAUUUCUCAGCUCAAACAAGUACACGCCUAUACUCUUCGUACAAUCCCAUUAGACCACCCAGAUGCCCUUUUCCUCUACAGCAGAAUUAUCCAUUUUGCUUCCUUGAAUGAUCUUGAUUAUACUUUUAAAGUCUUUGGUAAUUUACAAAACCCCAAUUCCUUCAUAUGGAAUACUCUUAUUAGAGCUUGUGCUCAUAGUAAUGAUCGUAAAGGUGAAGCCUUUUUGCUUUUUCAUCGAAUGGUUAAGAGUGUUGAGCCUGAUAAACAUACGUUCCCAUUUGUGCUGAAGGGUUGUGCUUAUCUUUUUGCUCUUUAUGAAGGGAAACAAGCACAUGGGGUUGCUUUGAAACUUGGGUUUGAUUCAGAUGUGUAUGUGAAUAACAGUUUGGUUCAUUUUUAUUCGUCUUGUGGGUGUUUGAAGGAUGCGAGGAAGGUGUUUGAUAAAAUGCCUGAGAGAAGUUUGGUUUCUUGGAAUGUUAUGAUUGAUGCUCUGGUUCAAUCGAGUGAGUUUGAAAAUGCUUUGAGAAUGUUUUCGGAGAUGCAAAAGGUGUUUGAGCCUGAUGGGUAUACGAUGCAGAGUGUUCUUGAUGCUUGUGCUGGUUUGGGUGCGUUAUCUUUAGGGAUGUGGGGUCAUGCUUAUAUUUUGAGGAAGUAUGAGAGUUACUUGGAUUUUGAUUUGUUGGUGAACAAUUGUUUACUGAACAUGUAUUGUAAAUGUGGUUCGGUGGAUAUAGCUGUUCAGGUUUUUGAGAGGAUGAGCAGACGUGAUUUGAAUUCUUGGAAUGCAAUGAUACUUGGAUUUGCAAUUCAUGGCGAGGUUGAAGCAGCGUUUCGUUGUUUUGACCAAAUGGUUAAUAAAAGAGUAGUGCCUGACUCGAUCACAUUCGUUGGUAUCUUGAGUGCUUGUAAUCAUAGGGGCUUAGUUGAUGAGGGUCGUAGCUAUUUUGAUAAAAUGGUUUCCAAGUAUAAGAUUAGGCCUGUUUUAGAGCACUAUGGUUGUCUAGUUGACCUUCUGGCACGUGCGGGGUGUAUUGACAAAGCUCUUGAUGCUGUAUCAAACAUGCCAAUGAAACCUGAUGCAGCAAUAUGGAGGAGUCUUCUUGAUGGUUGCUGCAAGAAAAAUGCUGACAUAGAGUUCAGUGAAGAAAUGGCUAGGAAAGUAAUUGAAUCUGAAGGCAGUGACACUAGCGGUGUUUAUGUUCUUCUCUCAAGAGUAUAUGCAACAGCUAACCGAUGGGACGAAGCUGGAAUGAUUAGGAAAUUGAUGACCGAUAAGGGUAUUAGAAAAGAUCCGGGUUGUAGUUCCAUUGAAAUUAAUGGUGUUUUCCAUGAAUUUUUCGCUGGAGAUACUUCUCAUUUGCAUACUAGAGAAAUUUACGACUUUUUGGAUGUUAUAGAAAAAAGACUCAAAGCAGCAGGGUAUGUUCCUGACCUGUCACACGCAUCAACGGUUGAUGAACUUGAUAAUGGGAAGAGACAGUCGCUUAAACUGCAUAGUGAGAGACUUGCCAUUGCUUAUGGACUUCUGAAAAAACCAGGGAUUAUGGACAAGCUAACCAACACAAUACAAGAGGAGGUCCCAAUAUGUAUAUUAUUUGCUGAUGAUACAGUGUUAAAUGGCGAAACUAGCGAGGGUGUCAACCAAAAGUUUGAACUAGGGAGAAGCGCGUUACAGAGUAAGGAUUUUCGAAUAAGUAGAAAUAAGACUGAAUACAUGCAUUGCAGAUUUAGUCAGCAUGAGAUGAGAGUAGUUGAUAAGAGACUAUAGAUGAGAUUGCAGCAUCAAAAAGCAAACAAAUUUAGAUAUCUAGGCUUGUUGUUUAAGAGAAUGAGAUAAUAGAUGAAGAUGUUACUCAUAGGAUUAAAAUUGGAUGGUUGAAUGGAGAAGUGCUACCGAAAUGCUAUUUGAUAGAAGGAUAUCUGCCAAAAGAGUGGCCAAAUCAUGCGGGUAAAUGCCCAAAAAAUUUCAUACUAGCUACUUCCACUAUUGUCACCCUUAAGUAUUGCAUUAUUUGUGUGAGUUCGACCAUUUGAAGAAAAGAC